GGUUCCACUGGGUUACAGCCUUACUUUUAUAGAUCAAUUGUACAGUUGAUAGUGGCACACGGAGGGAAAACUGGACGGGAAGGGAGGAAAAACCACACACGGACGGAAAAUACACACACACACACGCACACGCAUAGGGAAUAAUAACAAGGAGUUACGAGCUUUGCAGUCAUUACUGGAGAUUUCGCCACGCUAACACACUCCCGUUUAACAAGACUGUUGUUUGCUGUGCCGGUAUCUGCUACCUAAUCCUCCCAAUGGAUAAAGAUGGUAAAUUUGACAAGUUCAUCGAGGAUUUCGACAAGUCCUUGGACACGGACACUUCAUCGUUCAAGACCAUUGGGCUUCACAAGACCAUAACGGGGGCUUCCACGGGGAGAAUGUCGUCGUCGCCAAGCUCCCCGGUCAUGACGACACCGACAAAGUCAAGAAGGAACUCGAUUCCUCCCGAGGAGGCUCCUCUACACCCCAUAAGAACCCUGGACUCGAUACUGGAUGGUGUUGAUGGAAAUACCGGUAAUAAACCCGGUAUCAAGGUCAACACUCCACCAUCCACAGCGUCCACCACCACCACUACGGCGCCAGGUGGGUCCAAUCCGAGACCAGUGAAGCUAUCGUCGGGCUCCUCUGGUGUGGGGGGCAUGAAGCGUUCAUCCACCGUGAGCAGUGGGCUGCUAGCGAGACAGCCCUCCCGUCGUGGACUGAACUUGAACUUGAUGAAUACUCAUACCCGCCAGCACUCGUCCGGCUCAAGAGUCACGAGUCCAGAGCCGCAGGGGUCCACCUCGUCGAACUCUACACCACAGAGGGACAACAACUUCACGCCGAGCAGAAGAAUAUCAACUACCCCGAAUGGGAAACAUGGUAUCUCUGCUUCAAGACCCAGACGUCGGACAAACUCCAGCGUCACCUCGACUGACUUUGACGAGCUGAGUGAUACUUUCAGGAUGCUGGCAACGAAGGAGAUGCGCAUAGUAGAGCUGAAAGAGCAGAUGAAGAGAAUACAGAGAGAGCUGGAGCUUGAAGAGGCCGAGUUGAAGAAGCUCAAGACCGAAAUAGGAAACACGAUACAAAAGGACAUGUCGUCACCUUCGGUAUCACAGAAGACCAUCAGGGAAGAUCCAGCAGAGGCUCAAGCAGCGGCUGUAGAGCAAGAUCACUCGCUUCCAUCACAGGCCAAACCGCUACAAAGCUCCGUCUCCAAGAGAACGAGCAUAUGGAGUAAACCUGUUAAUUUCCUCAACCAGUUUGAUCAGCUGUUACAGAACGAGAUUGAAAAGUUGAACAAAGACUCAUUUGGGUCGUCUACAACGUCUACAAAGGAUGAAGACAUGUUGAACACUGUUUCAAGCUCUCUAUGGACGUUUGUCUCUGAUGUCAAACAAGGGCUGAUGGGCGAUUAUGAUACUGAGGAGGACAUCAACAGCAAUAGCACUAAACACGAACAAUCAAAUGGAACAGCUCAUGAACAAGAAAUGAUUACGAUAAAUAGGCAUAAAUAAAAUCAACCCAUUCUUUGAAGCAUAUAUACACACGUACACACUCACAAAGGCGUAUACAAUCAUCCCAUCGUCACCU